UCACACACACACACGUGUUUGUGCUAGCUUCAGCUGCUAAUUUAGCCACUUAGCUUCCGUUAACAUGUAACGACAGAACACAACAGCUAAUGAGAACAACUUUACAUAUGUUAUUCCACAUUAGGAGUUGCUAUGUGACAUAUUUAGCUGUUAGGUGUGGUGUUUUGGUCCAAUUUGACCGUAAAGUGAGUUUUAUUGCCGCGGCCGCUGCGCCACCAUCACAGCCCGGUUCACCCACCUCGAGGGUUAUGGUCUUCCCCGUGAGGGUUUUGACGAAAAUCUGCAUCCUGGCGUUUAAUCCACCUGCACGAGAAGACACGGGACAGUUUACGUUAGAGAAAUAUUCGGACACUCGGCGUUAAAAGUGGUUAUUUUAGUGAGAUUAUUGUGUUUUAAAGCGGAGCGCGGUCUUACCACCGGUUCACUCCUAAUGGCGGAUCAUGAGAAGAGGGCUUUCUUUCCGAGCCACGGGGUUUUCUCCACACUUCUGCACGGACUAGGUAACCGCCUGCGCCUGAUCAAAAAAAAUCACACAAUUUUACGAUUCUGUCAGGGUCUCUUUUUUUCUUUUCUUUUUUUUUUUUAAAUGUUGUUUGAAUCAAUCUGAAAUUUAUAUUUUGUCCAUUCUACGUCUUUUAUGCUGAGUUUAACGUGUAUAUUUGUCAUCGCAGGCAGGCGGCGUAGGUACUGUUACCCGUUUUGCAUUUACGUUAGCCAUUUAAUAUUUUUUAAACUCUUUUAAAUUAAUUAUGAUUAUGUCGUUAAAAAAAACGUAAAAUAAAUGCUAUGAUUAGUUUUAAGUCAAGUUAAAACGCUAACUAUACGAAGGGGAAAAGCUACUCACGCUAGGGUCCACGGUAACCAUAGCAACGAGGCUGUUUGUAAAAUGGCGUCUCCUCGCAGGCGAUGACAGCAGCGCGAGAUAAAGAGUCAAAAUGUCUGAACCACAAAAGUCAAAAUACAACAAGAGUCCACGUCUAAGAGAAGACACACCACGUGCUACACCGGACAUUUUAGUUUGUGAGCGCGAGGAACGUUUUUUCAAGUCUCUCUACGAGUUUAUCGAACAUGAGAAGCAGUUCCUGCAGUGUCCAGCAGAGGGCGCCGACGAGCUCCGCUACGCCAUCUACCGCUCAGCGUUCAACAAGGUGAUUUGUCGUGCGACGGCCUACAAGCGUCUGCUGUCGACCAUAAAGACAGAGUAUGACGACAUCGUCGUGGAGCUGAAGAGGAGGGAGGACGACGUCAGGGCGACUCAGCAAAUUCUGACGACCUCUGCGUCACAGUCAAGGUCACUUUACACCUGCAGGAGAAGAAGACAGCAGCUGAAGGACAGAAUCUGUGAACUUCAGACGGAAACGUCUCGACUUAAAGACGAGGUGAAGAGACGGAAGUCUUGGACAGAGCAGAGACGCUGGAUCCCUGGUUUGACCGUGGCUGAGUCUCAGGAUCCUGAAGCUCUGGACAGACAGCUGAGACGUCUCCAGGCUCAGAGGACAGCUCUGCUGGACACCAGGAGUUGCUGCGUGUCCCUGGACGUCAAAGACCAGCUGGACGCCGAGCUGAGGACACGUGAGCUCCGCAGAGACGAGCUGAGCACAGAGAACAAGCGUCUAAACGUCCUAUGGAGGCGUCUCAGGUCUGUGUGUGGACGUCUGUCUCACUGGGAGGACGACGAGCAGCAGGUCCCUCUGGAGGACCUGCUGUCCUCUACGCUGGAGGACAUGAGACUGAGUGGAGAAACAGACGGGGGCGACGUUGAGCUGUUUGAGGACGAAGAACCGAGCGGAGUGGACGAGUCUGAGCUUGUCAACGAUCACGUGAUCAGGUUCAUGGAGUUCUUGAGUUCAGCUCAGUAUGAAGACGCAGCGUUACUUGCUGCCAGAUCUCCUCAAGGAGUUCUGAGGAACCUUGACGUCAUGGAGCUGUUUAAAGGUGUGUCGCCCCCCCCGGGCUUGGCCCCCCCGGGCUCGGCCUCUCCCCUCCUCCUCUUCUUUCAGGCCCUGCUGGUGACUGUCCCUCCUGGUGUCCAGCUGUCCCCCUCUCUGUCCUCUCAGUGCGUCCUCAUGGCGCUGCGUGACGGCGCCUUGCGCCUCCUCACUCACGCCGUCACACAGAACAAACUGAGCUUCUCUGAGCAGCUGGGCGACGUCCUCACUGAGCACGCUCAGCAGAACAUGGGCGUGGCCGACCAGUGUCUGGCGUUAGCGAGCGUCGUUUACGAGGCGUGUGGGCGGAGCAGGAAGUCUGCACUGAGCAUGUGCAGAAGAGGCCUCAUCCACAGUGCUGCAGAGUUCAUGGAGCACAACCUCACAACAGAUGAUAUCAUUUGGGUUCUAUGUCGCUCGCCCAGCCUCUCUCUCCUCCAGCUGUUGACGGAGCGCCGGUCUUCGGGCAGGUGUCGCAGAGCGGCCAUCUUGUCAGUGGGCGUGGCCUGUUCCACUCUGCUGGCCGCUGACCCCCCGCACCAGGAGGUGGCGCUGCAGCUUCUGGACGGCCUGGUCCAGCGAGGCCGAGAGGUCCUGGAGGACGUCGUCCUGGAGGACAGCGGCUUCUCGGUGGACACUUGGACGGACAUCGCGUCUCUCUGCUCCACGCUGAGACGGGACGACCUGAGCCGGACUGUCCUGGCCGUCCUGCUGAACCAGAGCGGGACCGGAGUCCUGACCCCGGACCUGGACGGCGCUCGUCUCAUGGAGCAUGUCUUCCUGUGACAGUUUGACUUUAAACACACAAACUGACACGACUUCCUUAAUACAAUGAAGAGACAUUUGUUUCCCUGUAAAACAUUUAUUCACUUUUAUUUACUUAUUUAAUACAAACAUAAAAACAUUUUUUCGUCUGGACGUCACCUGACUCGCCGCCAUGUUGGCAGGAAGAAUCUUCUGUAAACAUAAACGUCACCGGAGCUGGUUUUAAAUCUGUGUUCACGUCACUUCUUUAAAUCCACACGAUAGAAUAUAUCUGCUACUGCCCCCUGGUGUUUUUCACCAGCAUGGCAACAUUAUUCCAGAACCUGCGGGAUUAUCUUCAACGUUUCCCUCGUUCUACUUCAGAGAACGUUGCGACAAAAGCACGUAAAAUAAACAACAUUUCAGUUGAUAGCGCUUUAUUUAAUGACACUGCUGUUAGCAUCCAGCUUCACAACUUCCUGGUAGUUAAGGGGAAACUUAAGGGAAACUUAGCGAACAAUGGAAAUGCCGUAGUUCGUCUCCAUGUACUGACACAGAUUUUACACACAUGCACUUAACCUAAAGUAAGAAGUUAGACGAUCACUGCAAGCUAAGUUUCCCUUAAGUUUCCCCUCACUGUCGUCCAGGAAGCUGUGAAACUCUUAAAGGAUCGGUGCCAUCUUACCUGUCUGAGCUCCUCAUCCUUUUAUUUAAGAGUGAAAUUCAUUUACCAAACUUUCUUAUUUCUUUGAAAUGAUUCCGUUUCAAAUGACAUUAAAUGUUAACAGAACAACAUUAUAAAUCGCUUUAAAAGACCAAUCUUUUCUCUGGCCUUCAAUUCUUUUUUAAAAACCAUCAUUUACUGUUUUUCUGUUCUUUUUGUUUGUUUUGCCGUAGAAAUAAAACAAAUCCUUGAGAACGUUAGAAAUAAAAUAAACUCUAUAAAACACUUGGUUUUCACUCCCAUUUUCCAUGAAUUGCAGAAUAAAAAAUGUUUUGUUUUUUUUGGUUCAUAAAUCUGUUUCUGGUUUAACUGGUUUUAUUUAACCAGAAUAAAAAGGUGAUUUAUGUAAGAAAUGAUUUAUAUUAAGAUUAUGAUUAUGUUAAAUGAACACUGAUUAUAGAAACAUGUCAACACUGGCUUUAUUGAACUGUUUGUUGUUGUUUUACAGAGUAAACCACAGUUAACGUCAAUCACUUUCCACUUAUUAUCACAUUAUUUGACAUCUUUUUGUUGAAUGUUUACACCAUUAUUUUCAAUAAAACAGUUUAGAAACUAAAUGUAAAUUGUUAGCAUGUCCAGCUCUGUCUCACAUCUUCGUUCUACACAUUGCAAUAAAAACAUGUCAAAUAAACAUUUUAGCCUCCAGCUCCACAACUUCCUGGUAGUUAAGGGGAAACUUAAGGGAAAGUUUGCUAAGAAUAGAAAUCUCAUAAGUACAGAAAACUUAACACUUUAACAUC